CCUCCACAAUGCUUCAGGCAAAUGGAGGAAGAGAACAAGACCCCUCAACCCCCCCUUUAUUUCCAAAAGUUUGUCUGGCGCUUUCUCUGGCAGGACCAGAAUAGACAGCAUUGGAGCAGAGUUACAGCUGUAUUGAGUUGGAACUAUAUUGAGAAGAAACAAAAACAACAUGCCGAGUUUGGAGCAGCGGAAGGUGCGUUCGCGGGAUGCGGCGCGGUGUAGGAGGAGCCAGGAAACGGAGGUGUUUUACGAACUGGCUCACUCUCUGCCCCUCCCACGACGCAUCGCUUCCCACCUGGACAAAGCUGCCAUCAUGAGGGUGACGCUCAGCUAUCUGCGCAUGAACCAUCUUAUCCAAUCCGGGUCUACCAAAACACAGUCCCAAGACGAGACCGAGGAUCCCACUGAUGGGUUUUAUCAGCAGGCACUGGCUGGUUUCAUUCUGGUCUUGACAGAAGAAGGAGAUAUGGUCUUCCUCUCAGACGGUGUCAGCAAAUACAUUGGCAUAACACAACUGGAGCUGCUUGGGCAGAGUGUGUAUGAGUUUGUUCAUCCAUGUGAUCAAGAAGAAUUGAGAGACAUCCUCACCAGUAGACCAGGUCUUACAAAAAAAAACUCUGAUAAGUUGACCGAAUUCAACUUUUUUCUUCGAAUGAAGAGCACUCUCACUCACACAGGAAGAACAGUUAAUAUCAAGUCUGCCAACUGGAAGGUUCUUCACUGCACAGGACACAUACAGACUCUCAGCAGUGAAGAUGAAAGCUCACCCCCUGCUGGCAGCUUCCUGACAUUGAUCUGCGAGCCCAUUCCUCACCCCUCCAGUGUUGAAUUUCCCCUGGAUAGCAGCACCUUCCUCACACGCCAUAAUAUGGAUCUGACUUUCACACAGUGUGAUGGAUGUGUCACCGAGCUUGUUGGAUACCAAACCGAUGAGCUGAUUGGCCGAUCAGCCUAUGAGUUUUUCCACGCCCUUGAUUUUGAUCACGUGACCAGGAGUUUACGCACCUUGUUCUCCAAAGGCCAGGUAUGCACAAGUCACUACCGCUUCCUGGCUAAGAACGGAGGCUUUGUCUGGACCGAGACCCAAGCCACCGUCCUCUACAACAGCAGGACCUCUCAACCUGAGGCCGUGGUCUGCCUCAACUUCAUCCUCAGUGGGGUGGAGCAGGCAGACGUUGUGUUCUCAUUAGAACAGACCUUUGAUACGUCGAAACCCAAAGUUGAGGUGCUGAGCGUGCUCAAGGAGGUCGACUCGGACACGGAGGAGAGCAGCACUGCCGAUCUGUUCCUCAAGAUGAAGGAGAACCCUGAGGAGUUACUGCAGCUGGCACCUCACUCUGGAGACGCUAUCAUUUCUCAAACAGAGGGUGUGAAGUUGUCAUUUGGCUGUCCACCGAGUGCCAGCAGCAUCCCAGAAUGCCCUCAGGACUUCUGUACACCUGAGCUCCGCCAGCUCCUCUCACCAAUAUUCGACAAACCUACCAAAUCCCCACCAGCUGCGAGCCUAGCUGAAGAGCUGCCAGUGGAGAUGGAUGGGGUGGAGAGAUUCUUUGCUCUUAAACCUGAGGAGAGCUUAACUGUGAAAGGCGUGACGGAGGACAUGGAUGAGCUUGAUCUAGACAUGCUUGCUCCAUAUAUCUCAAUGGAUGAUGACUUCCAGUUGACCUUCCUGCCCCAGUGUCCCGAGAUGGUUACAUCAUCUUCAGAAAUGCAAAGCAACACUUCAAGGAAACGAGGUUUAGAAGAUGAUGACAUUCCUGUUCUGGCUGCCAAAUGGGAGGAGAGAGAAAUGGGCAGCUCCAAUGAGGAUGAGCUUCUGCUAAGCCACAGCUUACUGAAAAACUUUGUGUCGGAGGAGUUUGAGUUACCACCUCAAAAGCGAACUCACCUUUUGACCGACAGAGAUCCUUUACUGGGAGGAACUCAGUCGUUGUGUGAUACACCAGCUCUGAUGAGGAACAGCUUUCUGAACCGGCCACCGGAUUUAAUGAAACCAAUUGAUAACACGGUGUUGUCGCUCACUUGAAAAGAAGACGACACAGAUGAGCACACAGCUGUCAAAGAGAGAAUAGCAACCAGUUAGAAGGACAUUUCUAAAUAAUCUACAUGCUCUUAAAUAUACUCAACAACCAUCAAUGUAACCCAUUACGAAGAGCGACAUUUUACGCACAACAUACAUGAGCAUCGUUUUUUCAUCAAUCUGAAAUUGUAUACUUUUUUGGGGGAAGAUGCUAUAGCAAAAUUAGACUUCGUAUAGAAUUAGUGUGAUGUAGUCGAAUAGAUCAGUUGGGUAUUGAAAACACAAGUGUUUUAAACACCCAGGAGUUUUGUAGUUUAGUCCAAAUUCGUCCAAAGCACAAAUGCGACCGAAGGGGUUUGAAAUCGAAGACAAUUUUGGUUAGGCUAUAUUAGAAAUAGUGGUAACACUGUUAUACCACAGCCUUAAUCAAAAUCUAUAAAUCAGAUUAAUUUGUGACGUUAUGCUUAAUGCUGUGAGAAAGAAGCUACACUGUAUUUCACACAACCAUCCUCUGCUUCCUUUUCUUACAAAAAGGGUGGUUUUCUGUCUUGUGAUGCAAAGGGCUGGGCGAUAUAUCGUGCGAUUCAUAAGCUCAGUUUCUCAAUGACUACGGUUAAAUGCCGCCACAUCCGAAACCCAGAGGGCGCUCUUGCGCAGAAACUCCGAAUAUGAGAAACAGAAGAAGAACAGUUAGUUCCAGGAAAUGGCAGUGGUCAUAUUCUAGCGCUGUUCUUCAAACCUUUUCAGGUAUUUUCAUGAUAAUAAAGUAUAUUUAUAGUGAUGAUGUUUGACGAGUGUUGCUUUUUCAAAUGUACGUUAUAAACGACUCAAUCUCGUAGUGAUUUUAAAUCGAGCAGUACUUCCUACUGAUCAAAGAGCCGUAGUUCACGGAAGAGCUGUGCACAAAACAUCGAAUCGAUUUAGACUCAUAUAAUUAGCGUGAACCGCGAUAUAUAUCGCUCAACCCGGCUAUGAAUGGAUAUAAUCAUGCUUAUGGUGUAAUAGAUGAUUCACUGAGGCCGUGGCUGACAAACGCAACAAAUACUCUCUAACAUCUUUUUAUAAAUAAUUUUAUAUACAUAUAUACUUUUGCAAUUUAAACUGGUGAAGCUAUACUUGUGUCUUUGGUGUUUAACUACAAAUAUGGUAUUUUUUUGUUUGUUUGUUUGGUUUUGUUUUAUUUUGGCUGUGUGAUAAUUACAUGUAAUUGUUUUCAAAGAGACUAUGCCGGUGACACGCAGCAUUUAAAUUGACUGAAUGUCUUUUUGAACCCGCGAUUUGAUAACACAAAAAAUGGAUCUUGUUGUUGGUUGAUAUUACAAGUCCUAGAUCAUAUUUUGCACCGAUCAUUUUUAAAUAGUGGUGCUUUUUUCAGUUGACUGUGAAUACGUUAUAUUCCCCUGAUUUCUGUACAGUGUAGCUUGUACAGACAUGAUUCAAGGGGCCUUAUUCGAGUGGUGUCAAAAAUAAAAAGACAUGCCUUUUUACAUAUGGAUAACAUAAUGUUGAUGGAUAGCAAAUACUCCAGACUGUGUAUAUUACUUGUGUAUUUGUAGCAUUUAUUUCCAAUGUACCUUUAUCUUGUAUUGACUGGUAAAGAAAUAAAACGUGUAAAAUGCA